CUCGCUCUGUUCAAAAUUUGGAAAUGCUUUGCGUGGAAGGCAUGUUUACAAAGCUAUUUUCUUCCAAUACAAAGAUAUCGGCUUGAUUUCAAAUGUAAUAAGACUUCACUAGAGGUCGGAGAUCUAUCCGCAAACAAACAUUGGAAAUUUGAUCAUCUAUGAAACGUAUAUUCUGUAAUUGCAUGUUCUUUUCUUGUCAUUUUGUGUACUGUUGAACAAGUGGUUCGCACUAAUCGAAGCUUUGGAUUUAGUUAUGGAGGAAGUAAAACGUCCAUCUGGAAGAGAAACAGAUGAAGAUCUUCUUAAGCAGCAAGAAAUAUUUUUGAAACAGAAGCACAAACCUGCUGUCCAGGCAGUUAUUAAAAGCAAAGAUGAAGUUGAACUUGGCCAUGAGAAAGCUGUAACAGAUGAGAAAUCUGAGCCAGAAGAUGAUAUAAUUGUUAUGAAUACUGAAGUGAUGGUUGAUGUUAAGGAAAGGGAUGUUAGCUUCUCUGAGCCCUUUGUAUUUACACCUGUCUCUCUGCCAAAUCCCAACAUUGAUGAUAUUUUAAAUAGAAAGAUUCAUGUAAGCAAGUUUGCAGAAAAAAAGAAAUCAAAGAGCUUAUUUGCUCAAAUGUUAGAAGAUGAAAAUGCCUCUAAGCAAAGUAAAGAUUGUGUUCCUGAACUCCCAAUGAGUGCAAUAAUUGAUGGUUCAGGACUGUCAUCUAAUAAAGAAGAAAUAAAAAAAAUUCAUGAAGAAAAUGUUGCAACAAUUGCUUCUAUGUCCAAGGAAGAAAUACUAAAACAUCAAGAAGAACUGAAGAACAUUUUAAAGCCUGAAACCUUGCAGUUUAUAAAGAGCAGAAGUAAAAUCAAACAUGAGUCUUUUAAUGAAGAUAUUGGGACCUCAAAGCAGUUUCACUGUUCAAAACGCAAUCAUGGUGAAGCAUUUCCUGAACUGCCCGGAAAAGUUAUACGUAAAGAGGGUAAAGAAGAAUGUGAUGCUUUGCUUUUUGAAAGAGCAUUGCGAGAGGAAGUCUCACAAGAAAAUGAAGCCAUUUCAAAUGUUGAUACAAAAUCCCAACCAGAAGUUUCGGGUAUUCCAAAAGAAACUAAAGAACUACUUGAGUGUAGUGAUAAAGGGCAGUGGAAAAAUAUGAAUAAAAUUGAGAAACAAAAACUUGAGUGGAUGACAGAAUUACCUCAACCUAAACCAAUUGACGUAAAAACUGGCUAUGCUGCAAGAUUUGAUUUUCAAGGAAAACUGCUUGCUCGUGACAAGGAUAUUCCUACCUAUGAAGGACUGCAUCAUCACGGGGAGGAACCGGAAGUUCCGGGCUACUCUCUCGAAGAACUUUUCCUCUUAGCUCGAAGCACUAUUCAGUCUCAGAAGAUAACUGCUCUUCACACAAUUGCUCACAUAUUGGAAAAUUACUGGUAUGGCAUGAUGGACAACUGUUUUGAUGCCCCUCUAUUACCCAUGGUUUUAGAUGCUGGCAUUGUGCCGUUGUUAAGGUGGGCUUUAGAUGACAGUUCACUCAUGUCAGUAGCUGCAACAGUGUCUGCUCUGCAUGGGUUCUUGAUCUGCAAAGCUGAUGAAGCAUGCUUACACAAAACGUAUUGUUGGCUAAUGGGACAUUUGAUGCCACAACUUGAGCCUCAAGAACUUGAUGAACCUGAUGUUUGUAUUGAGGAACUUACUGAUGCUGAUUUAAUCAAACUGGAUGUUGUUAAGGGUUUGCUUCGUAUUGAUAUUCUUCCUAGAUUUAAUUACAUACUUAGAGUAAUGCGCCCCCCACCAAAAGUUUGCCACCUAAUCAUAGAAAUUUGUUCACGCUUGGCCCAGCACUCUGAAGAAUCUGCAAGUCAGGUUGCAAACCAUCCUGAUUUAUUGCAAUAUAUUUUUGAAACAUUCUUACCUCUACAAUGGAAUUUUGUUGAUUGUGCUAAGCUAACUCAUACUGUGAAUUACCACUACCCUGCUCCAGGUGCGAUGAAACUAUUAAGAAUCAUAGCUUCAUCAUCAAGAGGAUUAGCUGAGUAUUUGGUGCAAAACUUUGGAAUAGUGUCUAAUAUCAAUGUUUAUUUAACUAUAGAGCCUUCUGAUGGAAAGUUACUCCCACAGGACAUGCAACUAUUAAUGGUUGAAACUCUCAAAAUGUGGCACACACUUCUUUGCUAUGAUAUGGCAUCAAAUGUAUUUCUUGACCUUUUACCUGUAUUUGCGAAGCAACUUGAUUUUUGUCUUAAUUUGAACUUGAAUGAUGCUGGGCCCAGUCACCAAGCGGAUUGUGAAUAUGCUGCACACUUGUUCAAAGCUUUUGAAGGUGUAUGUUCUGUCAAUUUUCAUGAGAAAGAUAACAGAUCUUCAUAUGAAUCAGCACUGAGUACUGUUUUAAAAAAGGCUCUCAUCUGUUUGAAAAAAUGGCUUUGGCAGUUUUCACAAGGUUCAGUUUUGGAUCAUGGGAUUGUGGUCCUUUCUGCCUGCCUGAAUUUUGUCUCAGCACUGUAUCGUCUAGCUCAUGAAGGUCUUGUAUGUGAAGUUGGAGAAUCUUGUUCCACUGCCAGAGAUAUUUUAAAUUAUUAUCUUCUCCCUUGCUUUGAUUCAAAAGUGCUACAGGAUCUUCUAGGGAAAUUAAGGUCCUUUUCAUUACUUUUGUCAUUUGCACAAUCCGGCAACAAGCGUGAUGGUCAAACUUUGGUCUCGGUAGGAAGCAUAUUGUGGAAAGAUGAUGUUGUUCCACCUUUAAAAGAGGGGUCACCUUUUCCGAUUCUUUCAUCUCUGCUGAAUUGUACCAUUGUGUUUAAGAACUUAUUUAAUGAUUUUGGUGAUAAGCAAAUACAGUCCUUUCUUCAUUGCUCAUCCAUAACUGGCUACCUCAUAGAAAUUUCAUCAAGAAAACUUAAUGUUGAAAGUUGGUUUGCAAGGUUUGAAAUGUACUUUGUGUAUCAACUUUUAAAACUGUCAUCUUUUGUGAUAUGUGAUGAUGUGUCAUUUUGGCACAGAAUGGCUGUGAUAUUGCUACCUGCUUUCAAAACAUCUGAAGAAUGCCUUGUGGAAGACAUUUUCAUCAACAUAAUAUUCAACAAAAGUUUUAUCUUAAGUGCAACAGGACCAGAAUUGGAGUUACUUCAAAAGAACACAUCAAGUGCGUGUGACAGUGCAAAUUUAGACAACAUUCUUUCUACCCUACCAGUUCAAGCGAAAAGUUACUUAUCAUGCCUGUGGCAAUCUGCAGAUCUGGUCCAAUCUCGAAACUUUGCACUUGGAAAUGCCGUAGAAAGGUUGGCAUGUUUAAGCAUUCGAAAGAGUAUAGUUCCUAAAGACUGGUAUUAUGUACCCAUACAUGAUUUGUAUCAAAGCUCCAAAACAAGAAAACAUGGAAACAUAGCGCCUGAAGAAAAGCUGCAAGUUUUGUGCUGUUUAGAGUGGAUAUAUUUGUGUCAUACUUUAAACCUUCAUGUCACAAAAAUAAUCCCUGGGGCUGCCGAGUUUAGUUAUCUCUGUAUGGUUUUCCUUUUAGAUGAGGACCUUUUUCGAGAUGAACAGAUUAAAUCUUAUUUAGAGGGAUGCUUAGUGGCCAUUUUAAAACAAAAGUCAUUAAAUUUAGAAAAUUUGACCUGGAAUACUUUCAACGGAUUUGAUGAAUUGUUCGAUGAAUUGUUGGCUCAGUUUGAGGCUGUUUCAUAUGGUGAUCAGCUGUUCGGAAAUUUCCUUCUUUUGCCACUUCAACAGUGCUAUCCAAGUAGAUGGAAGAAAUUGCUCUUCACAGAGCAUACACAAGUGCUUUCAUUCUUGGGAGUUCCUUUUUCAAAGUUGCUAUAUCCCUUACAAGGUUUUUUGAAUGGAUUGGAAGUUGACCUUGAAAUAUUGAUAGAGUAUUUCAAAGCCUUAUCCUCUGGUGUUUUAGUUCCUAAAAGAUGUCCAGUACUACAUCUUGUGGCUGUUUAUCAUAUCAAUUGCUAUUUGACUAUUAAGAGAGAAGUCCUUCAAAACAAACAAAAAGUGCUUCUCAGCUCUAUAAUGCAAAGCAAAAAUAAGGAUUUGAAGAGAAAACUCUUACUAUAUGAAAAAGUCUCUUUGAAUUCUGAGCUGGGAUUUACUUUAAAAGAAAAUUUAAGUCCAGAAGAUAAUGUGUAUUUGAACAAUAUUUUAGGAAGUGCUGUAAAUUUGUGAUCAUCUUUUAGUAUAUGAAUUAACACAAUGUAAUUUAAUAUAAGUUAAUUGUAAAUAUUUUAAACAUGUAUAUAUUUUUGAGUGUUUUGUUGUAAGUUUGUUGACUGCUUUCAGUUUUAAUUUUCUUGGUAGCAUCUCAUGAAUCUCAUCUGUUAUAUUCAAAAUCAAGUUACUAAAAGUAUGAUUUCAUCAAUCAAAAACACAUUUAAGGAUUAUUUUUAUAAAACUGACUAUUUUUGUAAUAAAAGAU